UCGAUACGUUUUGUCUUUGAAUAAUUUUUAAUAAUUUUUCUAAUUUCUUCCAGAUAAUAUUUCUAUGGCAUUUGAUGAUUUGGUUCAUUGAAACAGUCUUUAUUGAAUAUUUCGCGCGACGUGUUGAGAGAAUCGGCAGGUUGCGUGUGCGUACCAAGAAUACUUGAGCGCAGAUGCAAAAAAACAAUAACAUUACAGCGGCGGAGGUUUUAAUUGCAUCUUAAGGCCGGUAACAGUGAGAUUAUUUAUGUAUUUCAUUAAAUUAUAAUGUAAUUAGGAUAAUAAUGGCGAAGAAAAUCUCGACGGUGCUGAUAGACCUCAGUGGAACGUUGCAUAUCGAUAAUACGGCUAUUCCGGGAGCUAUACAAGCAUUGAACAGACUACGAAAUGCAAACUUAUCGAUUAAAUUCGUUACUAACACCACCAAGGAGUCAAGUAACUACUUGUACGAGCGUCUAAUAAAACUCGGAUUUAACUUGCGAAAAGAGGAGAUUUUCAGUUCUCUAGCAGCGGCGAGGAAAUUAAUCAUUUCCCGGCAAUUGAAACCGAUGCUGUUAAUCGAUCCAGCGGCAAUGGAGGAUUUCCAAGAUUUGGUGACGGACGAUACACCUGACGCGGUGGUGAUUGGUUUAGCACCAAGCAAAUUCAAUUAUGACGAACUGAACAAAGCGUUUAGAUUGCUUUUGAAUGGCGCUUCCCUUAUAGCCAUUCAUGAAGGACGGUAUUACAAACGCCCUGAUGGUCUAGCUCUUGGUCCUGGAGCAUUCAUCAAAGGAUUGGAAUACUCUAGCAGUGUGAAAGCAGAGGUCGUUGGUAAACCGACCAUAGGAUUUUUCAAGGCAGCAUUAGAAGAGAUAGAUCCAGCACAAGCAGUAAUGAUUGGAGAUGACGUAAGAGAUGACGUAGCUGGUGCGCAGGCAGCUGGAAUCAAAGGUAUUCUGGUACAGACUGGUAAAUAUAGAGCGGGGGAUGAGAACACGAUUACUCCAAGACCAGCAGAGGUGUGCGCUUCUUUCGUAGAAGCUGUAGAGAGUAUUCUCAGUGAGAUUAUUUAAAGAUUUAUGGAUCGGCGAAAUUAUGAAAUGUGCAAGUGGCAAUAGAAUUCUUUAUUCAAAUAUCGCUGCGCGAUGUAAUCUCUUUUCUACAUUAAAUUCUAUAUAAAUACUGAUUAUUUUAUAGUGUACAUAGUCUGGAGUGAUGCCGUAUCAUUGUAAAAUAUACACAAUAAAUACAAAUAGACAUUAA